AUGUCCGAAAUCCGUAAGUCGACUGUAUUGAAGGCACUCAACUACAGCAUCUCAAACGUGAGCCCCCGGGCCAUCAUAUUCACGAUGUUUGUGGUAUAUGUGCUGUCUUCGGGCCAUUUGGGCGCCGAGAGUGUGUUUGUGACCAUUUCUGUGUUCAACGCCCUUCAGUUCACAAUGACAUACGCUUUUCCCCAAUCGGUUGUAUUGGCCUCAGAGCUGUACGUGUCGUGCCUUAGGAUUCAGAAAUACCUGCUCUUAGAGGAGAUUCAAGACCAGCCAUCUGUUACCGAUGGCGAUAUCAAUGGUAAAAACAAUAUCAAUAACAACGAUAAAGACUUUAGUGUUUGCGUUAAACACAUGUCCGCCGCUUGGGAUCCGACACUACAUGUGCCCACUCUGUCGGACAUAUCGGUAGAGUUAGCGCCGGGAGAGUUGCUGGUAGUGGUCGGACCCGUUGGCUCUGGCAAAACAUCGUUUUUGAUGUCACUGUUGGACGAGAUAGAGGUGACCGGCGGUCACCGGCGAGUGAGGGGUCGGGUGUCGUACGCGGCGCAGGAGUCGUGGGCUUUCAACACAUCCAUCGCCCAAAACGUUACAUUUGGACAACCUUUGGACCCGAAGAGGUUCCGUGAGGUGAUGGGUGUCUGCGCUCUAGACACAGAUCUCCGACGGUUGCCGUUCGCCGAGAAGACUCUGGUCGGCGAGAGGGGAGUGACGCUCAGCGGUGGCCAAAGGGCGCGAAUCACUUUAGCCCGGUAUGUAUGGGUCGGGUCGGCCAGUGAACCACACUUCUCAAUUCGUGUCUUCAGAGCCCUCUAUACCGACGCCGACGUAUACCUAUUGGACGAGCCGUUAAGCUCUGUGGACACCGAAGUCGCUAAUCAUAUCUUUGAUAAAUGUAUAACAGAGUAUUUGGCGAAUAAAACGGUAAUUUUGGUCACACAUCAGAUCCAGCACUUGGAAAGAGCGUCGAAAAUACUGGUGCUCAAUGAGGGCCGACUGGUAGCUGUCGGGCCAUACAAUCAACUCUCGACUGUAUUGAAGGCACUCAACUACAGCAUCUCAAACGUGAGCCCCCGGGCCAUCAUAUUCACGAUGUUUGUGGUAUAUGUGCUGUCUUCGGGCCAUUUGGGCGCCGAGAGUGUGUUUGUGACCAUUUCUGUGUUCAACGCCCUUCAGUUCACAAUGACAUACGCUUUUCCCCAAUCGGUUGUAUUGGCCUCAGAGCUGUACGUGUCGUGCCUUAGGAUUCAGAAAUACCUGCUCUUAGAGGAGAUUCAAGACCAGCCAUCUGUUACCGAUGGCGAUAUCAAUGGUAAAAACAAUAUCAAUAACAACGAUAAAGACUUUAGUGUUUGCGUUAAACACAUGUCCGCCGCUUGGGAUCCGACACUACAUGUGCCCACUCUGUCGGACAUAUCGGUAGAGUUAGCGCCGGGAGAGUUGCUGGUAGUGGUCGGACCCGUUGGCUCUGGCAAAACAUCGUUUUUGAUGUCACUGUUGGACGAGAUAGAGGUGACCGGCGGUCACCGGCGAGUGAGGGGUCGGGUGUCGUACGCGGCGCAGGAGUCGUGGGCUUUCAACACAUCCAUCGCCCAAAACGUUACAUUUGGACAACCUUUGGACCCGAAGAGGUUCCGUGAGGUGAUGGGUGUCUGCGCUCUAGACACAGAUCUCCGACGGUUGCCGUUCGCCGAGAAGACUCUGGUCGGCGAGAGGGGAGUGACGCUCAGCGGUGGCCAAAGGGCGCGAAUCACUUUAGCCCGGUAUGUAUGGGUCGGGUCGGCCAGUGAACCACACUUCUCAAUUCGUGUCUUCAGAGCCCUCUAUACCGACGCCGACGUAUACCUAUUGGACGAGCCGUUAAGCUCUGUGGACACCGAAGUCGCUAAUCAUAUCUUUGAUAAAUGUAUAACAGAGUAUUUGGCGAAUAAAACGGUAAUUUUGGUCACACAUCAGAUCCAGCACUUGGAAAGAGCGUCGAAAAUACUGGUGCUCAAUGAGGGCCGACUGGUAGCUGUCGGGCCAUACAAUCAACUCGUGAGUUCUGGCGUUGAUUUUUUGUCGAUAAUCAAAGAGAAGAGACCGGACGGCAAUGUUGUCAUCGAUAGGGAACCAAUGGUUAUGAAACGGUCAGAAAGUCUUACGUCCGUCCACUCGAAGACAGCGGCCGAAGAGAUCGGUGACCAGAAAGUGGACGACGAGACAAAGGCUACGGGCGGUGUCAGCGGUCGGGUGUAUUGGCAUUACGUUAAAGCUGGUGCCGGACCCGCGCUAUUGACAAUGUGCUUGAGUUCAAUGAUCGCAUCGCAAGGUCUUCAGUACUACACCGAUGUCUGGCUUUCACAA